CUAAACUGGAGUGCUGUCGUUCUCAGUAGCCGGUUUACGAAAGUACAUUUUUUUACUUUUAAACCAAUAAAUAUCCUGCAAGUAAAUAAGGUGGAAUGGCGGGACCGGGCGGAACUGAAAGGAGGUGCGAUUUAGAUGUGACGUUGACACAUCGGAGGCAUUUCAACAACGGACCAAGCUACUUCCGGUAGCGAAUGGGCGGGGUGAAAAUUGUGCGCGUUUGGCGGGUUUCGCUUUCAUUCUAAAUAUUUGGUCGUUCGGCAGCCAAGAGCGCUGUACCCGGGAGGACGCAGUGACUUCGCCACCGCUGGGAAGGACUUUUUCAGACUCCCCGAUGGCCAUGGCAGUGGAUUUUAAAACUUACGCAGACCAAGCGUGCAAAGCUGCUGAAGAAUUUGUCAAUAUUUAUUAUGAGACAAUGGACAAGCGAAGAAGGGCACUUAUCAGGCUAUAUCUGGACAAGGCCACUUUAGUAUGGAAUGGAAAUGUUGUUACAGGUCGGGAUGACCUAAAUAAUUUUUUUGAGAUGUUGCCUUCUAGUGAGUUCCAGGUUAAUAUGUUAGACUGCCAACCAGUUCAUGAGCAAGCUACGCCAUCCCAGAAUACAGUUCUUGUGGUGACCAGUGGCACUGUGAAAUUUGAUGGAAACAGACAACACUACUUCAACCAGAACUUCCUGCUGACUGCUCAAGCCACUCCUACCAGCACUGUGUGGAAGAUUGCAAGUGAUUGCUUCCGUUUUCAAGACUGGGAUAAUAAUUAAAAGGGCAAAAGUCAACAUUUUGGUCCUUCAGGUCCAGCAGCAGAAGUUUAUCUAAAUUCAUUAAUCUCAUUGUAAAAGCACUAUAAAUAAGUAUGCUCUGAAUCUAAAGUUCUUCAAGAUUUUCUUACUCCAUAUUGUGUGUUUUGCAGUAACUGCCAGUUUGCAUUAUUUCCCAUAAAAGCUUUACUGCUAGUUUUUGACAUGCCUUAUAUACAUUCCAUUAAUGACGUUCAAAGUAAAACUAAACAUGAUUGUGAUACUAGCAUACUCACUGUGAACCCAGACAAUUGCAAAAAUCCUUUUGUAACAUUACCUAUGGGAUGUCAGCACAAUGUAACACUCUGGGAGGAAGUAAAAUUUUUUUGGUUAUUUUUGUAGUAAAACACAUGCCUAUUUUCUGUUAACACUCAUGAUGCAGUUUUCAUGUAUAAGUAUAGACUUUUUUUUUUUCUCGGAACUGGGAUUGAACUCAGGCCCUUGUGCUUGCCGGGGGAGCGCUUAUUCCACUGAGCCAUCUUCCCAGCCCGUAGUAUAGUCUUUUCAAAUCAGUUCUGUUUAUGUCUAAAUACUCUGACAUUGCAAUUACAUGUGGAUAUUUUCAGUAGUCUUUUUUCAUGUUAAGUUUUCUUAUGUUGACAUUUUUCCUUAACAAGGGAAUUAAGGAGAAAGGUGAAAAUUAUUUUCUGUUGAUACCUCGUUUGUAAGUAUAUUUGAUGGCUUAAAAGCAAAACUUAAAAACAUUUUUCUUGGCAGUUCCAGGUCGUUAUAUUUAGGGAAUGUGUAGUAGUAGAACUUGUAUUUUUAAUGAGAGAAAGAGAAAUGCAAAACUCCAAGGUUAAAGACAAAAAUAAGAAGAGGUUGAGCACAUGGUAACAUUUUGGUACUUGUUUUCUAUCUUCUCCAAAGGUUCUGAGAAUUGUCAUCAGCAUGUCUAAAUUUAUUCAAGAAUUUUAUAGAAGUAAAAUUGUCAGGAAUAAGCCUGAACUGACAGGGUUUAACAGUAAAGCUGGAAGCAAAGCCAUUCCUUUAUCUUUGUUACCCUCUAACUUGUAAGUCUUCCGUAUAAACUUCAGUAGCAGAGUCUGCUAUGUAUUACCCACCCCAAAAUGAGUGAUUUCCCACCCUGUUUUGUAGUGUCAGCUGUAUCAUCUAUUAUUUCAGUUGAAUUUUAUGAUUUAGUCUUUCAUGUGGCAUUGAACAAAGAGAUCAGCUUUAAAACACUUUUCUCUUAUGUGACUAAACCAUUUUCUUUUAAAAGGGAAAACAGCAACAGAUCAUCUAAACGUUCAGAAGAACAAAAUAAUUUUAUGUCUGUACUUCUGAAGAAAAACCCUAGCUCUGAUUUUAGACAAAACAUACUAGUCUUUGAAAUUUUAUAAUGUUUUUAAGCUAUAUAUGUCAUCUUUGUUUAUACAUUACAACCAAAAUUGUUUUUAUUAAAUUCGUUUAGUCUUGUCUAAAGCUAUACACUGUACUUCUGAUGUAUUACCAAGAUAGACUUAGAGAGAAGGGAGUCAAAUGGAUAUUUAAACCACUCAUUCUUUUUGAAUGAUCAAAAUUUAUACAACAUAGUAUUCUAGUCAAAAGUGAUAUGAUUAUUAUUUUAGAUUUUUUUUAAACCACAGCUUUAGCAGCAAUAAAAAGUCCCCAAAUAUCAUCCUUUCCAUUGUGGAGAACAAUCUCAAAUAAAAGCUGCAUAUAAGUAGUAAUUGCUGAAUAUCUGUAAAUUACUUUCUCCAAACUAUUACUUUGAAGUGGAUGGAACGGCUCUUGUAUGGACAAGAUUGUAUUUUUCACUUGAUCGUAUUUUUAUAAUUUGA